AUGUGUUCGAUAUCGAUUAAUGUUGUGGUGAUGAUCAUGUUGAUAUUCUAUGUUCCAAGUCAAAUGUGUGAUCGUUCAUUUAAUACAAUUGUAGGUUUCGGUGAUGCAAAUACGGAUACAGGAAAUGUGUAUACACUCACCAAUCACACCUGGCCGUUAGUUCCACCUUACUAUCAAGGUCGUUUUUGCGAUAAUCUUCUUUGGAUCGAAAGACUCAACAUUCCAAAUGUACUCAGUUAUGCAUAUGGCGAUGCGACAAUUGAUAAUGAUAACUUAAUUGUUGGUUAUACAUAUUUAAACCGAACACAAGUGUAUGGGAUUCGUCAGCAAAUCGUUCGUUAUUUGCAAGCUACCGACAUCAGUAAAGUUGACUUAUCUCGAACGAUGUAUGUAAUCUGGGCGAGUGGAGUGGAAUACUUACUCAAUCCGAAAAUCACAGCGGAUGUUGUUGUAAAUGCAUUUCUGAGUGCCGUUUAUGAUUUACUUAUCCUGAACAUUAAUUAUUUGAUUGUAAUUAAUGUUCCACCACUACAGUUUUACCCUGGUAUGAUGAACAAUUCACAGUUGGCGACAUUGAUCAUGCAACAUAAUCAACUCCUAUUAUCAAAUAUUACUCAAAUCAAAGAAAAUUUCAUGCAAACAUCGAUACAACUUUUCGACGUAUAUUCGUUGAUUUCUGCCAUGCUCUGGAAUAAUUCAUUGCAUAGUUUGAACACAACAGGUAAAUGUUGGGAUAUAGAGAACAAAACCAUCGUUUCAUUAUGUUCAAAUCCGCAAGGUUAUGUUUUUCUUGAUAAUAAUCAUCUAACCAGUUCUGUGCAUCAAACCAUUGCCGAUAAUAUUCAAUCGCUGCUCACAUCGUUGUCUUCCAGAACUAUGUUUUCGUUGAAUUUAACUGUUUUUAUCUGUAUAGUUUUGUUUCUUUUCAAGCACUAUUGA